AUGCCGGACGCGCAUCAGCGGAAGCUAACAUUGCAUGCUUUCGACGGAAAGGAGCUCUACCACGGCCUUGGCUGUGGAUUUAUGGAGUGGGGCAAAGAAUUUGUCAGACAAGUCGGGUUUGCUGAGCGAGCGUGUGGUUUCGUGUGGCCAGAGGACAUCAAGGUUGAUGUUCUAGGUCAGCACCUAGCCAACAAGGCACAGACCUACUAUCGUCGUCAAGUGGAAACGUGGUGGUUUGAAAACCAAACCCUGGAACAUGCGAUGCAGAGACUACUGCAGACCUUCACGACGAAGAUCUCGCCAGCACAAAGCAUGAAGUUGUUCACAGCACCCAAGGCAUCCCAUCAAAGCUGGACAGACCAUUUUCUGUACUUGACGGCCGUCAGUGACGCCUGUGGAGGUGCAGACAACCUUGUGCUGGACAACAUCGUCCAUUAUGCUGACCCACACAUGCGAACGACGAUGUUGUCCAGAUUGGACAUUCAUCGCACCGAAUACCUGCGGCAAGCAGAAGAGUUGGCGCAAUUUGCCCAAUCGACGGAGGUACACACUCACUCGAAGAGUUUUGGACGCGAUGUGGUGAACACUGUCGAGGUUGCGCAGGAGUUCAAGGACAAACACAAAUCAAGACCGUCGCUACCACGCACCGACACCCGGACUUGUUUCAAAUGUGGAGAAGUGGGUCACAUUCGUUCGAGGUGCCCAAAAAUGAAGAAGAAGCCCUCGGGUGCGAAUUUCGUUUUCACGGUUGGUCGCGGUGCGAGUCGCUCGCCCGGACAAUGGAUUCUCGACAGCGGUUCGGGUAGACAUUUGGUCAAUGACCCGAGUCUGCCGACUGAUCCGAUUGAUUGUCGCAGCGAGUGCAUGACUGCAGCCACUGAUGGAAGUGCGCUGCGGAUCACCCUACAAGGAACUGUAGACAUCCAAGUCGUUGCACUUGGAGUCGUGAACACAGUGAGGCUCCUCAAUGUUCAGUAUGCGGUGAACCUCGAGCGUAACAUCCUUUCCUACGGAUUGCUCGGGGCAAAAGGUUGCGUACUUGAAUAUCGAGGAUGGAGGCGCGUGUUGUCUUCCGGUACGUGCGGUACACCCAUCAUGGAUGUGGAAUGCUGCAACAACGUGCUGGUUGUCGCGGUGACAAAUCGCAGUGAUCGUAAUUCCAAGCCACCACAAGAGGCACUGAUGACUGUAGCUAACCCACCUAAAAAUGAAUCCGAUUCGGAUGUUUUAUGCGGUACCUUGAUGGACUUUCAUCGACGUUUAGGACACCUUUGUUUCGACACGAUCGUCAAGAUGGCGAACGAUCCGGCAUCAUGCAUCCGACUGACUGAUUCGACACGUCAAAAGUGUCUGGCCUGUGCCCAGGGAAAACAGACCAAGGGAGCCCAGUCGAAGAGAGAUACAGGCGCGAAUUCGCCAAUCGACGCGAUCGGGGGAGUCAUUUGUUCGGACCUUAACGGUCACAUGACCCCUCGAGAUCGUUUGGGAAAUCGUUACAUGGUCAACUUCAUCGACCACCAUUCGAGUUACUGUCGAAUAUUUUUGGCCAAGUGGAAAGAUGCAGCCGCGUCAAAGUUCAAGCUCUUCAUGGCAAACUUCGAGCGCGAGAUCAAUUGCAAGGUUCAUGUCUUACGCACCGAUGGAGGUGGCGAAUACAAGACACUCGAUAUUUUCUGCUCUUCGGAAGGCGUCUCGCGUCAAGUAAGCGAGGCGAAAAACCAAGCAAGCAACGGCAAGGCUGAACGGAUGCACCGCACCGUCAUGAACAUGGUGCGGAAGUACGCCUCGUACAAACUGAAUCGAAGCAAAACCAAGUCCAACCCCGGAUGUGCAUCGCCCUUGGAGAUCCUGACAGGCAAGGCUCCCGUGCUGACAGACAUUGUGGCAUUUGGUUCAACAUGCACUGCGCACAGAGACCCGAAGAACAAGUCACUCGGUGAACGAGGCAAGACGGGCAUUGUCAUUGGGCGAGGCAGCGAAACGAAGGGAUACAAGGUGUACAUCCCAGUGGAUAAGGUGGUCGUGGUGACUCAACGUGUUCAAAACAUUGAAGCACCACAGGAUGACCAGGAUGAGAAAAAGACCUGUCUAGACACGGCACGACGUCAGGAGGAGCCAGGCCCUGAUCAUCAACGGGUGAUGAAAAGAUCGACAAGAUAG